UCUAUUCAACAUCGAGCAGAACUCCACAGAAUGUGAGGUCUUCAGAACACGGCUCCAUGUUGACUUGGACCUACUUCUCCUGCUGGAGCUGACAGGCGGUGCUUCGGUCGCUCAAACAUGGCCUCCAUGAUGGAGCCUCCGCUGCAACUUUAAUUUUCGCCAAAUUUCACGGCAAAAGCGUGUUUUUUAUUUUUGGUCCAGGAAGUGUGAUUCCAGCACACUAAAGAGACAAAUGGUUGCUUUUGGAGAAGUUCGCCGUUGGAUGUAAACGGAUCGGUUUGAUUUGGCAGGAAAGCUGGAGAGGAAAAGGAGAAUUGCAUCAAAUCAAAUGCCCUCAGAGGCCCAGGAGCCUCGGGACAGAGGACCGCCCCCUCCUGUCACUCGGGCUGGACGCAGCGCUCAGCUGGCCAAAGCAGCAGCAGCAGCCGCCGCUAGCGAGAGGCGACCUCGCGGACGACCUCGGAAAGAUGGGAUAGUUGGGCGCGCCGCACCUGCAGCCCCUCCUCCUGCUCCGCCGCCACCCCCUCCUCCACCUCCCAAAUCAAGGAAGAAGGGUAGGAGUCGAGGCCAAGCCCAGGUGGAGGAUGAAGAGAGCAUGGACGCGACAGAGAAGAGACCUCCUCCAAACAAGAAGACAGAGGAGAAGGAGGUGACGCCUGGACGCCGCCGCUCCACCUCCAGGAGAAGAUCCAAUACAAACCAGGACUCUGACCCUGCCCCACUUCACCCCGAUCCCCCUGCUGCUCCAGAGCCAGCUCCGAGUGACGAGGAUGACCAGAAACCCCCUGUUCCCUUGGAAGUGCCCUCCGUAUCUAGCGUGGAGGAAAAACCUCAACUUAAUCCAGCUACCACACCCCCAUCUCUGGACAUCUGUGUUCACAGUCCAAAACCAGGUCCUGAUCCAGUGGAAGAGGAGCGGCCCGGCCCUACUCCCAUGGAGGGGGGCCGCGGUCCUGUUCCUAUGGAGCCUGAGGGGGGCGGGGCUAACUCAAUAGGGCAAAGUCCCACCCUGAGUUUGGUCUCCAGCCCUGCGGCCUCGCCCUGCCUCCGUCUCGAGGAUGAGGAUUCGCUGUCUCCCCUCUUCCAUCGAUCCAUGUCGGACGACUCUGGGGCCUCCCCCACCCCAAGCUUGGGACACACCAAAAAACGUCUGAAGCAGUGUGCCUUCUGUUACCACGGCGACCAGCCUCCUCUGGGCCAAGGCCCGCUGGUGGUGUUCGGACCCACGCCCGGCUACAUCCCGCUCCACAUCCUCAACCGCCGAGCGUCCUCGGACCGCGACAGCGAUUGUCAUGACCACUGCUACCGUAGCAAUGAGGCUCUGCCCAUGAGCAGCAGUCCAGCACAGUGUGAGGACGAGUCUUCCUUACAGUUUGUACAGCAGCAUGGACCCAUCGGACUUCCGCAAGACGUCGAUGUCCAAACACUGUUUGACCCCACAGGUCAGUGCUGUGCUCACCUGCAGUGUGCAGCCUGGUCGGAGGGUGUGUGUCGUGGCGAGGGCCAGUCGCUGCUCUACGUGGACAAGGCCAUCGACUCAGGAAGCACACAGGUGUGCGUGUUCUGUCACCGGCUCGGAGCAUCGCUUCGUUGCCAGGAGACCGGCUGUGGGCGGAGUUACCACUUCCCAUGUGCCGCCGCUGCCGGAGCUCAACAGGACUGGAAGCAGAGACACACACUGUGCACACGACACGCACACACAGCAUCUUCGUCGUGCGUGUUGUGUUCGCGCAGUGAUGACAUCAGCAGUCUGUUGAUGUGCUGUUGCUGUGGCAACCAAUACCAUGGUGGAUGCCUGGCCCCGCCUCUCACUCCCUCCGCUCUGAUCCGGGCGGGCUGGCAGUGUUCUACAUGUCGAGUGUGUCAGUGCUGCAGGCUGCGAGGGGACACGUCUGUGUUGCUGGUCUGUGGUCGCUGUGAUAAAGCUUACCAUACACACUGUCUGACACUUCCACUGGAUCACACACCUGCUAGUGGCUGGACCUGCCAGAACUGCAGGGUGUGUCUCCGCUGUGGUAUAAGGUCAUCAGGUCAGUGGGCCAAUCACCCCUUCCUUUGCGAGUUAUGUGACCCAGGUCUGCCUUGUGCUCUCUGUGGCAACACCCCCGACUUGUCCUCGCCACAGGAUUAUGUCACCUGUGUCUGCUGCUAUAGGUCUGUCCACACAAAGUGUAUUGUCCAGGCAGGCGAGGACAGAACAAAGUCCAAAGGCUACACUUGCUCCACCUGUCAGCCUGUGGGGGAGGAGCUAAUGCCGCAUACACCAAUCCCACACAGUCCCACUUCAGACCUCCAGCUGAGUUCCACAGAGGCGCCGGACGUCUGCGUGACUCUGCCGUCAAUUCAAAUUCCUGCUGAAGUUCUGCCCAUUGGUACUACUGCUCAAAGCCCAGUCCAGAUCUUCUGUUUGGACCUGGCUCCAACCGAGAACACAGAGUCAUCACACGAAAGUCUUAUCCCAUCUCAACCUGACGCCACAGAGCUCCACCAAAGUCUCACGCUGUCACUCUCUAGCCCCACAAAGCUAAAAGAAAAUCCUCCCUCUAAUCCUGCAGAACCACAGCACAGUCCAGUACCAUCUCCUAACCCUGCAGCGCAAAGACUGAGUCCAGUACCUUCUCUUUCUAAUUUCACGGAGCAAAGACUAAAUCCAGUACCAUCUCCCAACUCUAUACAGCAAAGACUGAGUGUAGCACCAUCACUUUCUAACCCUACAGAGCCACAACAUAGUCCAGUUCCAUCUCCUCCUAACCCCACAGAGCAAAGGCUGAGUCCAGUACCAUCUCCUCCUACUGCCACUGAGCUCCAGAAAUGUCCUGUACCAUCUCCUCCUAACCUCACAGAGCAAACGCUGAGUCCAGUAUCAUCUCCUUCCACUGCCACUGAGCUCCAGAAAAGUCCAGUACCAUCUCCUCCUAACCCUACAGAGCAAAGGCUAAGUCCAGUACCAUCUCCUCCUAACCCCACAGAGCAAAGGCUAAGUCCAGUACCAUCUCCUCUUAAGCCUACAGAGCAAAGGCUGAGUCCAGUAUCAUCUUCUACUACCACCGAGCUCCAGAAAAGUCCAGUACCAUCUUCUCCUAACCCUACAGAGCAAAGGCUAAGUCCAGUACCAUCUUCUCCUAACCCUACAGAGCAAAGGCUAAGUCCAGUACCAUCUUCUCCUAACCCUACAGAGCAAAGGCUAAGUCCAGUACCAUCUCCUCCUAACCCUACAGAGCAAAAACUAAGUCCAGUACCAUCUUCUCCUAACCCUACAGAGCAAAGGCUAAGUCCAGUACCAUCUUCUCCUAACCCUACAGAGCAAAGGCUAAGUCCAGUACCAUCUCCUCCUAACCCCACAGAGCAAAGACUAAGUCCAUUACCAUCUCCUAUCCCAAUAGAGGAAAGACUAAAUCCAGUACCAUCUCCUACUAACCCCACAGAGCAAAAACCAAGUCCACAACUAUCUCCAUUUGACCCAAAAGACAUUCAUCAAAUUCCAGAACAAUCUUCCUCUCAGUCCACAGUGCUGAAACAAAGUCCACUGCCAUCUCCUACAAACGUCACAGAGUUCCAACAUAGUCCAGAGCCACCUUCUGUGAAGCACACAGAUCUCUGCCAAAGUUCCUGCACGGAACUCCAGACAAGUUGUGCAAAAUCUCCCUUUCACCCAGCAGAACCCUGUGAAAGUCCAGGGCAAUCUUUAUCUGAACCCACCAACUUCCAACCUGUACUUUUGCCUGUUCGCCUGACAGAGCUUCAGGAAAGUCCUGUACCAUGUUCAACGAACCACACAGAGCUCCAGCGAAGUCCAGCACCAUCUCCUUCUACAGUUGCAGAGAUCCAGAAAAGUGCAGUAGGAUCUCCUUCAACUGUCACACAAGUCCAGCAAUGUCCAGUCCCAUCUCUUUCAGAUGUUACAGAGCUCCAGCAAAGUCCAGUACCAUCUCCUUCAGACGUUACAGAGCUCCAGCAAAGUCCAGUACCAUCUCCUUCAGAUGUUACAGAGCUCCAGCAAAGUCCAGUACCAUCUCCUAAGGUCACAGAGCUCCAGGAAAAUCCAGUAUCAUCUUUACCAAGCCCCACAGAACAAAGACAAAGUCCAGCACCAUCUCGUUUUGACGUCACAGAGUUCCACCAAAAUGCAGUCCCGUGUCCUAAAGUUGGAGCUUUGCAAGAAAGUCCAUUACCAUCUCCUUCCAACGUCACAGAGCUCCACCAAUGUCCACUACCGUCUCAUUAUACCAUCACAGAACAAGGUCUAAGUCCUACAUCAUCAUCUUCUAUUGACACAGGGGUCCAGCAAAGCCCACUACCAAUUCUGAAUGUCACACAGCUCCGGCAUAGUCCACUACUAUGUUCAUCAAACCCCACGGAGCUCCAGCAAAGUCCAGUUCCUUCUCCUAGUGUCACAGCGGUCCAGGAAAGUGCAGUACCACCUUCACCGAACCCCACAGUGGUUGGGGAAAGUCCGGUACCAACUUUAUCAAACCUCACAGAGCUCCAAAAAAGUCCAGUCCCAUCUUCAUUGAACCCCACAUAUUUCCAGCGAAGUCCAGUACCAUCUCUUUCAACUGACACAGAGCUCCAGAAAAGUCCAGUUCCAUCUCCUACCGUCACACCAGUCCAGGAAAGUCCAGUACCAUCUUCCUCGAACCACACAGAGGUUCAGGAAUGUCCACUACCAUCUUCAUCAAACCCCACAGAGGUCCAGGAAGGUCCAGUACCAUCUUCAUUUAGCCCCACAGACGUCAAAGAAAGUUCAGUACCAUCUUUAUUGAACCCCACAGAGGUCCAGGGAAGUCCAGUACCAUCUACAUCGAAUCCCACAGAGGUCCAGGAAAGUGCAGUACCAUCUUCAUUUAGACCCACAGACGUCAAAGAAAGUUCAGUACCAUCUUUAUUGAACCCCACAGAGGUCCAGGAAAGUCCAGUACCAUCUACAUCGAAUUCCACAGGGGUCCAGGAAAGUCCAGUACCAUCUACAAGGAAUCCCACAGAUGUCCAGGAAAGUCCAGUACCAUCUACAAGGAAUCCCACAGAGGUCCAGAAAUGUCUAGUACCAUCUACAUCGAAUCACACAGAGCUCCGUCAAAGUCCAGUACCCUCUCCUUCCACUGUCCCAGAGCUCCACAAAAGUCCAGUGCUAUCUCCUACUGAUGCAGAGCUUCAGAAAAGUCCUCUUCCAUUUCCUUCUAACAUCACAGAGCUCCAGAAAAGUCCAAUACCAUCACCUUUUAACAUUGCAGAGCUCCAGCAAAGUCCAGUACCAUAUCCUAACAUCGCAAAACCCCAGCAAAGUCCAGUACCAUCUCCCAUAAAAUCCACAGAGCUCACACAGAAUUUUACGUCAUCAGAUGCAGACCCCACAAAAAUUAAAACCAGUACCACAGAACCCCAACAAAUCACUGUUCUAUCUCAUUCUUGUGGAGAAGCACUCCAAAAAGGUCCACUACAAUCUGCCCUGAUUCCAGCUGAUACUGCUCAGCUUCAGGAGUGUCCUGCUGCAUUGCGGUUUAGUCCAACACAAGUAAAGGAAAACUCGCCAUGCAGUCAUGAUCCUUUGGAAUGUAAGGAAAACCAUGCCAUGUUUCCUCGGCCUUCAACACCUGCUCAGUUGUCUUCUGGUCCUUUGGACCAUCAGACGUCCACACAGUCUCCGCCUAGCCCUCAUGAAUUGCCAUCCAGCCCUUUCAUGAAUUCAAGUAGAGAACAGCUAUUGACAAGAGUUUCUCAAAAGAGUCCACUGCAUGGUAGUCCGAUGUCAGAACUCUGUCCUACCAGAUUAGAUGCUGAUGAAGCGAAGCCUCAGAUCAUCUCUCCAAACAACAGUAGAUCAUGUAGUCCUGCUGACAUCGUCAUUGAAGAGACGCCGCUCAAAACUCAUCAAGGAACAGAUAGUCCUGUGCCGCAUUGUCUGACAAAAACAUCACAGGAUGUUGAAGCAACACUGGAUCAGGAGAGCCUGGUACCAAGCCUUCCCUCUCAUUUGCCUUUUGGGGCUGCACAGAUCAGUUUAACACUGGACGAGGAUCUUUCACCAGUCUCUUUAAAAACCACCUUCCACGACAGAGGAAAAACUGCAUGUAGACCCAGUUCAGCUCCAUGUAGCCCAUCAAGAACCCCCCUUAGCUCAACACGAUGUAGUCUAUCACAGCCUGCUAGCCCAGUGCAGACUCUGCUAGAAAGUAGGUCUCUGCAGAUUAAGGUGCUUGCUCCUCAGUCUGCUACAUCAUCAACGGAAUGUUCCCAAAGCAGUUUCAGCAUUGAGCUUCAGCCUGGAGCCAUUCUACAGAGUCCAAAUCUUGAUGGUCAAACACUUGAAUCUGUUCUUUGUAGCCCGACCACUGUCACAUCCACGACGACUCCAAUAGUUGCACCAUCGCCCACACCAGAAAGCCUUGUUCACCAAAUGGAACACAGUAGCCUCACUUGCAUGUCUUUUUACGCUGAGAAACCUGUUGAACAGAAGGCUAGCCCAACACAUAGCCAAGCUAGCAGAGAUGGUGCUAGCCCCUCACAUGCCAGUGAAAUGCCUGCUGGUUCUGCCAGCUCACUUCUUCAGGCCUCCUCUGACUCAAUGCCAAAGGUGUCUGACCUUGACGUUGUCCAGCCUUUACCAGCUAGUCCUGUGAUGGACUGUUCGUCUCAGCCACCAGCCAACGACCUAGCACCCGUACACUCUUCAAGGGAACCAGUUAGCCCCUCGUCAAUACCUUCUUCUCAUGGAGACAUCAUAUCAACUGAAAAUGAAGAUACGACAUUAAUAUCUCCCAUGACUAGUCCUCACCAUGAGAACUCAGUUAAUGCUAGUCCAGAGCCUCCUCAGCUCCCACAAUUAGGCCAGUCCAGUCCAUUACAGGUCCAAAUAUCCGGCAGUCCCCCAGCGACUACUCUUGUACAUUCAAGUCCCACUUUAGCUAGUCCUACACACUGUAAACCGAUUGAUGUUUGUCCCGCUAACAGCUCUGUCAGCAAAGAUCUGAGCAACUUCGACGGUAGUGUCUCCUCGAGCAAUCAAAGUUCCUCGGUAGCUGGCAUGACCCCACCCCCUUUAGCACAUGCUAGCCCAACGCAGGCUAGUGAAACAUUUGCCCACAGUCCCACAGAUUCUAGCCCCGUUCCUAGUCCAAGCUUAAGCCCUGCUGAAGCCCAACUGAAACUUGCUAUGUCAAAUUCAAGUCCUGGACUUCCGUCCCAAGGCCAGGACUCAGUCAUUUGCAGUUCAGUUCAGCUGGAUACCAACCCAGGUCCCACUGCAGAUACUAAGCCUCGAAGCCCUUUGAGUCAAAGACCAGCUGCCAGUCCCACUCAGGAACACAGUGAGACGCCUCAGACUAGAUCUACUAAGGAAAUGCUUGAUAGUUCCACAUUUUCGCCCUUCUCCCAUGAAUGUCCCCCCUCAACAUGUAUACCACAAGCUAGCACAGAGCACUGUAGCCAACUUUCCCCUCAAUUAGCUAAUACAGAGGUUUCACAAAGUCCGGGUCUCACCAGCCCUGAGAGACCAGAGGCCAGCACAGGUGCAGGUUUUGAUACCCACUUUCAGUCAGGAACCAGCCCGUGUUCAACUGGUGCUACUUCUGUCAUCCUGUCUGAGGAGUCCACAUCCAUUUCAACAGUUGUUACCAUGACAAAUGACGAGGAGGAGAAUGGGAGCGUUCAGGAGCACAAGCUCCCAGUGCAGGACCAGGACGAGGAUCAUAAGGAGCAGGUCCAGGAGGAGACUAAGGUGCAGAACCAGGAGCAGGAUGAACAGGAGGAGAAUAAGGAGCAAGAGGUCCUCAGUGGUUCGAAGUUUCCCUUGUCAGAAGUCCAGCUCUCUCCUCGUCCCCCUGCUGCAGCCUCCCCAAACUCACCCUUGGCUCCCCGACAACCCUCCUCAGUUGCACUCACUGGCUCCCCUGUCCCAUCACGGCAGUCUCCAAAUCAAGCUGGCUACCCUGAUGCUUCCCUCACCCUCCGCGUGACAGCUAAAGCUCCCUCCUCCCUGGAGGAUCAAAGGGAAUUGGGACAAGAGGACUCCUGUCCUGUGUCAUUGGCCCAGGGUGCUGACCAAUCCAAUCCUGCCAAAAAUGUCCACCAAACAGUCACAGAGUCUUCAGAAAGGGUGGAUGGGCAGCCAGAAACACCAGAGUCAGUAACAGCUGCCCUGGAUGAAGUUGCUACAAAGGAAGAGAGGGAGGAAGAUGGGGAGGGCCAAGAGAUUGCUGACCCCAAAGACCAAUCCUAUGUGGAGGAGGAACCACUGAGCCCUGUGCUGGAGCUGGACCCAUCUUUAGAUGUGGAGGUGAUGAAGCUUAUGACAGCCGCUUCUUCUCCGGCCUGCCUUCUGCACCUGUCCUCCCUUACUGCACCUCCCCUUCCCACCCGGGGGAAAGGGCGGAGCCUCAGGCCUCCUCCCUGCUCCUCUUUCACACCAUCAGACGACCUCUCCAUCCGGCUCAGACAGUCGCCGUUCUCCACCGAGGCAUCACCUGAGACCUCCCCUGCCAGAGAGCCCAUCACUCCGCCUCCACUUUCCCCACCGUCACCUCCCCUCAGGUUCAGCUCUCCAUACAGGGAGUCUCCACCCCUCUCCAAGAUUCCUCUCUCCACUGUGAUACCUCUCACUCCUAAAAUUGGCAUGGGGAAGCCAGCCAUCACUAAGAGGAAGUUCUCCCCUGGCAGGGCCAGGGUCAGGCAGGGUUCGUGGUGGAGUAAUGUCAGGGCAGUGAGCCCCCCCUCGUCCUCCCAGGACUCUACCGGGGAGGGUGGGAGGGACAGCCCUAAGUACCGUCCACCGGACUCCCCGCUCUGGAGCAUGAGAGUGGGUCGUGGUUCAGGGUUUCCUGGUAGGAGGAGGGCUAGAGGAGGAGGUGUCGGAGGCGGAAGAGGAGGAAGAGGAAGGAGCAGAAUUAAGACACAGGACUUUGUGUCUGUGUCACCUGCAUACGGCUUUGUGGAGUCAAUCCCGCUAAAGGAAGAGGAGGAGAACUCCAUGCAUAACACCGUGGUGAUGUUCUCCACCUCUGACCUGUUCACCCUCAGACAGGACAUGUGUGUGGUGUGCGGCAGCUUUGGUCAAGGAGCUGAAGGUCGACUGUUGGCGUGUUCUCAGUGCGGACAGUGUUACCACCCCUACUGCGUCAAUGUCAAGAUUACUCGGGUCAUCCUGACCAAAGGGUGGCGCUGUCUGGAAUGUACCGUAUGUGAGGCAUGCGGCGAGGCCAGUGACCCCGGGCGUCUGUUGCUAUGUGACGACUGCGACAUCAGCUACCACACAUACUGCUUGGAUCCGCCCCUUCACAUGGUCCCCAAGGGAGCCUGGAAGUGCAAGUGGUGUGUGUGGUGUGUACAGUGUGGCUCCGCCUCCCCCGGGCUGCACUGUGAUUGGCAGAGUAACUACAGCCGCUGCGGGCCAUGUGCCAGUCUGACCUGCUGCCCGCUCUGUCAGAGACUUUAUACACAGGAUGACCUCAUUCUGCAGUGUCAGCAGUGUGACAGGUGGGUGCAUGCUGUUUGUGAGGGUCUGACAUCCGAAGAUGAGGUAGAGAUGGCGGCCGAUGAAGGCUUCGACUGUUCGCUGUGCAGAACACACAGUCGUAUCUCAUUUGGGAGGUCAGACAGUUUGGACUCCCCUUACAUGGCUCAGAUCAUUUCGAGGAGCCGGGAAGCAGACACAAAGACAUACACUCAGGAUGGAGUUUGUCUGACAGAGUCGGGCCUGUCUCACCUGCAGUCCCUGGUUGAACCUUUGACCUCAGCACGCAGGUAUCGCAGGUGCAAACCCAAACUAAAGUUAAGGAUCAUCAACCAGAACAGUGUGUCCGUCCUGCAGACCCCACCUGACCACGAGCCUCACUCUGGCGAACAAGACCAUCACAGAGCCCACCUGGAGUGUGAUCUCAAGUCAGACUCCAGUCCAGAGAGAGACCACGCCCCCUAUGAUGAUGUUAGCAAGGAGAUGCUUAUGGCAGAUGGCAGCACAAAGAGGAAGAGGAAGCCCUACAGACCAGGUAUUGGAGGAUUCAUGGUGCGCCAGCGAGGCGGGAAGGCGGGAACGAGCGCAUUCAAAAUGUGCAGGAAAGAUUCAACUGAUAUGCCGCAGGGAGACGAAGAUGUAGCCGAUCAAACCAUGGACAAGGUGAAGAAGAGAUACAGAAAGAAGAAGACCAAGCUGGAGGAGGCUUUUCCGGCUUAUCUUCAGGACGCCUUCUUCGGACGGGAUCUUCUGGAUCGCAUUCGCCAGGUGGACCAGAGGAUGGUGUCUGAGGUGGCGAGAGCCAGCCAUUCUGCAGCAGUUGAUCUGAAAGGUCCCGCCCCCUCAGAAAAGAUGAUGAUCAGAAAGCAGGAAAGACUGCCCGUGUCGGACGAUGCGCUCGUGGAUCUGUCUGACGUUCUCAACACUCAUCCUCAAAUUCUGGCCACAGGACACACAGGCCAGUUCCAGGUGGAGCGCUCCCCCUCUCCAUUUGCGGGCCUGGACAUUGGCUCAAUGGCAGAAGACCCCUUGCUAACCGGAAGUAGCGGGCAUGGUCAUAGAUCAUUGCAGGAAGAGCCUCUGGACGCCAUCUUAAACCCUGAGCUUGACAAGAUGGUGACUGAUGGUGCCAUUCUUGGGAAACUCUACAAGAUUCCAGAGCUGGAGGGGAAGGACGUGGAAGACCUUUUCACUGCUGUUCUUAGCCCAGACAACAGCGAGCAUCAUCACCAACACACUGCUGCAGGAGGCAAAACACACACAGCAGCUGCUGGUGUGUUUCCUCGUCUUCCUCUGAUGAAUGGCCUCACGGGACGAGCCCCUCACUUGGUCAACCCUCCCAUGAUGCCCAGCGGCGCUCCUGGCCCGGCUAGUCACCGCAUUUGUCCUCCAGAGGGACCCAUCCCUGCCUCUGCACCUUGCCUGCCUGCAGCCAAUCAGGCAGGGGGAGAGGGCGAGCAGGACGGCAUGUCUACUGCUCAGAGGAGCAUGUUAAAGUGGGAGAAGGAGGAGGCUCUGGGGGAGCAGGCAACGGUUGCCCCCGUGCUCUACUGCAACACCAACUUCCCCCAGCUGAAGGAGCAGUAUCCUGAGUGGUCCACAAGAGUGAAGCAGAUUGCCAAACUGUGGAGGAAAGCGAGUUCUCAGGACAGAGCACCUUUUGUGCAACGUGCAAGGGACAACCGUGCAGCUCAGCGCAUCAACAAAGUCCACAUGUCCAACGAGCCACUCAAAAGGCAGCAACAGCAGCCGUUGCAGCCGCCGCUGUCUGUGCCUUACAAUGCUAUGUCCAUGGACGCGGAUUUGGCGCUGAAGGACCCACUGAGGCCCAGAGAAUCUGAGCAAGAACAGGAGUGGAAGCUGAGACAGGGAGAGGUAAAAGACAGAUGGCGAGCCGGUAAGAAGAGGCAGGAAAAUCUCCCCCAAAGCAAAGUCCUAAAAUCACCAACAGAUAAAGAUUGUCCCUUCCAGGCAUCUCUAGCAGGAGGUGGCAAAGAGGCUCUGCAAUUGCGGCAGAAGAGCAAACAGCUGGCCAAGAUAGAAGCCAGUCAGAAGCUGGAGCAGGUGAAGAACGAGCAGCUGCUGCAGCAGCGACAGCAUCACCUCUCAGCUAAUCAGCAGCCUGGCACCGGGAGCGAUGCCAUGCCUCUCCAGCUACCUCCCUCCACCGAUGCUCAGGCCAGACAGAACCUACUGCAGGGCUCCGGGCUGGCCGACAGUGUUUUCCUCAGACCACAAGUUCCACCUCCUUCCGGCUACUCCUCACUUCCUCAGUCCCCUCACUCCUCAUCUCCCCAUCACCAGCCCCCAUCAUCUCCCCAGAUGUUCUCUCCGCCUUCAUCUCGCCCCACAUCCCCCUGGGACCCCUACAGUAAACCAGCAGGGACUCCUCGGCCCGCCUCCCUUCAGCACUGCACCCCACUCAGCAUCUCCCCCGCACACGACUCACUGGGUUCCCCUGCACCCUCGCCGGACUCAAAAGCCUCUGACGCCUCCCGGACCCUUGGACUCCAACCAGGCCUGCAGCACAGCAGAGCAGCAAUGAAGAGCCCCCCUUCUGGCUCUCAAGUAUACCAGAGGUCUCAGGUCCAAGGGGGGGUAUUUAAAGCCCCCAUGCCACCCCAAAACCAGCUGCAACAGGAGUUGUUUGGUGGUGCACCAGCUGUAGCAAGGAGAGACCCGUCCAGACCCACAGACCUUGGCCUAACCCCCCCUCAGACUCAGGACCCCGCUUUCAGUUCCAGCCAGCUCUCUGGGCUGGGCUCCCCUCAUCGCAGCCCUUAUGCCCACACACCGGGGACCCCCAGAGUUGACUAUAGCCAGCAGAUGGCUGACCCCUUUGUCAAGCAGCCAGCUUUGACACCCCGUCCUUCACCUGACUCCUACAGUAAUCCUCAAACCCCUGGCACUCCCCGACCACAUUCAGACAGCACAUACCUCAGCACACCACCUGCCCUUCGACUAGAUCAGUUUAACCACUUGGCAACCAGCCGCCGGCCCUCCCCUUCCCACCCAACAUUGGACCCAUACUCUUCAAACCCUGGCACACCCCACCCCUUUGUCCCUGAGCGCUUCCCUCGAUCACCAGGUGGCACGCUAACCACCGACCCCUUUGCUAAACUGCCUGGUACCUCACGUCCAUCACCGGACCCCUACGCCCAACAGCCCUCCACUCCACGCCCUCAGAAGACCCCUGAAACCUUCAGCCAAGCCCAAGUGGAGAGCUUUACUCCUCAGCUUAUGAGAUCUCCUCUGGGUCCAGGUCUUGGUGGUGAGACAGUGACCCUAAACCCAACCCACAAGCAGUCUCCAGGGAGACAACCACAGCAGGACUCAUUUCCUAGAACACCUGGUAGUAGUCAGACCCCAAAGCACCCUGGAAUGUCAGAAGAUACUGGCUUCCCCGGCCCAGUCACUCAAACUCUGGGGAGAACCACCACUGGACCCUCACAGAUGGACAAGACAGCAGGCAAUGACAUUGCAACAGGAGGUGUGGCUUCUUUAGAGGGACCAAUGGGCUUGCUUCCACAGCUUGGUGACUCUGAGGAGAAACUGAGACAGCGCCAGAGACUCCGCCAGCUCAUUUUGAGGCAGCAGCAACAGAAGAGUGCAUUGCGGCAAGAAAAAGGUCUCCAGGAGUCACUGCCUGGAGCCCCUUCAGCUACUGCUGCACCACCUGGUGCGGCUCCCGGCUCAGCGACACCCCGUCACUGGUCCCAGGAAGAAACCACCACCCCUUCUCCUCCAACUGAUGUUUUCGGGCGGCCCCCACCUCCUUACCCUGGUAUAGUGCGACCUGCCGGGCCAGCUGGAGCUUUUACUGGACCCCCACGGUUGCCUGGAGCUCUGCCAGUGGAACAGCUCAGAGGGUUAACCCCAAAUGAGCCGCUGUUUUCCAGGCAGAGCCUCCCCAGGGAGCUAGAACCCAGAGGAACGGCCUUGAGGUUUGGUCUUCAGGAGUCCUUCCUGCGGCCUCCCCUAGGGUUAGUGCCUGGUCCUGGGCUUGGAGCCCCCAAUGUAGCCCCUGUCCAGAUAAGAAAGCCAGUGCCUGGUGACUUCACUGGCAUCCGCCAGAUGACUGCCCCCGCACAUGUGAUGUCAGCUGCCCCCCAGCCCUUUGUUCCCGGCUCUCUCCCCAUCCAGCAGCACAGCAUCAUGGGGCAGCCCUACAUCGAGCUGCGACACCGUGCUCCAGAGAACCGUCUGAGGCUGCCCUUCUCCCUUGCUGCCCCACCCGUGCAGACCCUGGAACCUCAGCCAUCAGCUACUCGGCCCAGUCCAGGGGUCCCCAUAGGAGAGACACCAGUGGGUCAUCAGUCAAUGCUAACAAUGGAGCAACUCAACCAGCAGAAUCUCAUCCAUGUGGCGGCAUUGAGUCAGGGAACAGAACCACCGCUCCAAGGGCCUGAUGGGAUAGAGGAGCACCUGGAAGGGGAAGACUCAGCUGUAAAAGAUCUGGAGGAUGUGGAGGUGAAAGAUCUAGUUGACCUCAAUCUGAACUUGGAUCCUGAAGAUGGUAAAGAAGACUUAGAUCUGGGUGCUAACGACCUCCACUUAGAUGACUUCCUGCUGUCGGGAAAGUUUGACCUGAUUGCUUACGCUGACCCCGAGCUCAACCUAGAAGACAAGAAGGACAUGUUCAAUGAAGAGCUUGACCUGGGGGAGCCUGUGGUGGACAAGAAGGGAGGGGAGAGGCGAGACAUAGUUGGUGGUCACAGAAAGUUGAAUAAUGAUGCCAACUUGUUAGGUCAGGUCAAAGAAGAAGUGGAAGACGGCAUCAAGGGAAAUACUAAAGACGAUUCUGUCCCCAGUCACCCCCCACCACAACCUGGGGCUGUCAUCAGCAAACAGCUCCCAGGAGCUUCUGGGGCUGAUACAGCAGGAUCCAGCCAGCCCGUCUCUUCUUUGCACCUUGCCAAGGGAGAUAUGGGAGAUUCUUCUGGUUCAGGGGUUUUGCCAGAACUCCAAACCCAGGAAAAGGUUCUGUCAUCUGGCAUGCCUCCAGGUCAGCAGUCCGGCUUCCAGCAGAGACCACUUGGACCCUCAUCAGCUUACCUCAACCCUCAACCCCAGGCUCCCCCUGCCACGCCUCACCCAGUGUCACUUCAGCUCCCCCAGCCUUGUCUACUUCUCAACCCUCAGGCUCAGCCUCCAAACCUGGACACAUCAGCUCAGUCCAAGGUCCAGGAACAGGCCCAAAACAAGUCUAAACCUUUGCUCCUGGAGGAGCAGCCGCUUUUGCUACAGGAUCUCCUGGACCAGGAGCGCCAGGAGCAGCAGCAACAAAAACAGAUGCAGGCACUGAUCAAACAGAAAUCCACCUCUGACCCCGCAUUCCCCGAAAUAACCGACUUUGACUCCAUCUCAGACCCCAUAAUGAAGGCCAAGAUGGUGGCUCUGAAGGGCAUCAACAAGGUGAUGACCCAAGGGAACCUUGGCCUCAACAACAUGGUUAUCAACAGGUUUCACGAGGCUCCUGGGGCCUCGAUUCCCGAGGCCACCCCUCAACCUCCAGUCCAAGUGGGACAGGAAGGAGAGGUGAACCCUCCACUGGUGCGGCCGAACCCACCCAGCUUUGGACCUGGAUUUGUCAACGACUCUCAGAAGCGUCAAUAUGAGGAGUGGUUGGGGGAGACACAGCAACUCCUGCAGAUGCAGCAGCGCCUCCUGGAGGACCAGAUUGCAGCCCACCGCAAGACCAAGAAGGCUCUAUCGGCCAAGCAGAGGACGGCCAAAAAGGCGGGUCGUGCACUCGCAGAGGAAGACGCUGCUCAGCUGCGCUACAUCAUGGAGCAGCAGGGGAAUGUCCAGAAGCAGCUGGAGCAGAUCCGGAAGCAGCAAAAAGAUCACACUGUGCUCAUCGAGGACUACAGAACCAAGCAGCAGCAACAGCAGCAGCAGAGAGCCCUCGCCAUGGUGCCUUCUGGAGUGGUACCUUUGCAGAGUAGACCCAGUGGCUCAGCUCUGCCCUGCGUCCAGAACGUCCCUCCUGGUUGGUCACCAGCAGUGGGAGUUGCACCAGGGAUGAUGGGGCAGAAUAUGGCAUCUCAUCUGCCACCACAGAUGCCCCCUACCCUCUCAACUUCCCCUAAGGUUUCACAGCCCUCUCCAGCCAUUGUGCCCAGACUUUCAGCUCCAGCAGCAGGCUUUGCCCCAGGUCUCCGGACACCCACUGCGGGCCCCAGUGUAGCCUCAGGGGGUGACUUAUCAGCGCCCUCACCUCAGGUCAAAUUUGAUGACAACAACCCAUUCAGUGAGGGUUUCCAGGAGAGGGAAAGGAGGGAAAGACUGCGAGAGCAGGCGGAGCGGCAGAGGGUGCACCUGAUGCAGGGGGUGGAGCACCAUAGGGUCCAGCAGCAAGGCUCUCAGGGUGCCUCUGUGGGACCUGGAGGGGCCCGGCUGUGUGCCACAGGAACUUCUGGCUCCACCCCCAGUGGGGACAGUCUCUCUCAGAUGCCCUUCUUCAGUUCUGAGCUGCCCCAGGACUUCCUUCAGUCUCCCCCUGCCUCUAGACCACAACUGCUCGUGCCGUCUCCCAACCUACAGACUAAACCUAGACUCCCAGGCCCUUUGGGGCCUGUGGGUGUCAGUCAGGUCCGUCCGCCUGGUCUAGGAGGGGUCAUUGUUACUCCUUCCAAUCAAGGGAGUCAAGGUCAACAAUUUCGACACGACUCAUCAUCCUCAUCACCCUCUGCCCCCCUCCAUGCUACCUUCACCCCCUCCUCAUCCGGAGGCCCUGCCACCCUCAUGCAGCUGUACUCUGACAUCAUGACGGACGACAGCCUGAAGAAGAAGAGGAGUGGAAACAAGGAUGGAGACAAUUCUGCUGGAGGAGCCAGGACACCGCUGUCCUCACACUCUGAUGACAUCACAGCCCCGCCCACUCCAGCAUUUUCAGAUGCUUCUUGCUCUACGCCCACACGGUGCAGCACAGAGCUGGCUGACUUGAACAUCCCUCCCCUCUCAGGUCUAGCUCCAUCCUCAGAACUUGAGAAGCAGCUGUGCCCUGCAACCCAAGAGAGAACCCAUCUUAUGGUCAUGGAGGCUCAACGAGGCCUCCUCUGUGGGCGCAUGGGGGUCAAGGAGGAGCGAGAGGAGCGAGGUCCCUGUGGAGGAGACCCAGUAAAGUUGGAGUGUGCCUCCCCUCUUCAGGUAGGAGGAGGAGACGCAGGAAAGGAGCUGCUCAGGCACCUGUUGAAGGAAAAGGCAUCCCCGGCCAAGACGCCAUCACCUACUACCCAAGCGCAGCCCCCUGUCCACCACCAGCUCUCCACUGAAAGUGUGCGCUCUGAGGAAGAGGACACUGCUGGUUACCUAGGCAACAUGAUGGUGGACAGUCCUGAUCUCCUGGACUUGUUGGGCAAGAAGAAGGCUCAACGAUGUAAGAGGGCUGCUCGGCCCGACAAAGACAAAGGUCUGGCCAAAUACAAGAGGAGGAAACGAGAAGACGAGGAGGAAAUGCUUCACUCCUCUUCCACCCCUCCUGAACAGAUCAUGACACACCUCAGACAGCUCUCUGUGCUGCCUCUCAUGGAGCCCGUUCUGGGGCUGGACCUGAGUCUGUUCCCCCCUUAUGGCAGCUCCUCUCUAGGAAGGGACUCCAGGCUUACUGGUUCCUUCGGCAAUGCCUGUCUGGACGGAGUCACUGACUACUACUCGCAGCUCACAUGCAAGAACAAUCUUGGUAACCCACCCACACCGCCUGCCUCACUGCCACCCACUCCCCCACCAGUGGCCAGGCAGAAGCUAGUGAACGGCUUUGCUACAGCAGAGGAACUGAGCAGGAAGGAGCUUAGUGAGCAGGAUGGUGAGUGCUGUGAUGGUCAAAAGUUAACCUCCAGGCUUCAACUCAGUUGUAUGUCAUGUCUUCCAGUGAAAGGUGUCAAAUCCACGAGUCAAGAGCGUCUGGCAGAAAAUCACACUUCCAAGACAGUGGACGUCCCUGCCUCCCUGCCGACUCCACCCCACAACAACCAGGAAGAACUCCGGGUCCAAGAAUCAUCGCUACGCAGCAGCCCGGACGACUUCAUCCCGUCUUCAUCUCCCGACAGCGUGGCAGACAUGGAGAUCAGCAGAUACCCCGACCUGUCCUUCAUUAAAAUGGAGCCACCAUCACCGUGCCCGUCGCCUCCAAUACCCAUCAUGCCCUCCUCCUGGGGCAAAGGCUCUGCGGUGAAGCAAGAAGUGAAGGCGGAGCCAAACCAUCAGGCUCCUCCCUCUUGCUCUAACACAGAUCUGGUUACCAUAGCAAUUACCUUGAACCCAUCUGCCGCCCAGAAUGUUUCUGGUGUCAUGGCGACAGUAGCGAAACUGCUGCGUGUCCCCGCUACCAUCAACUACCAGCUGAGCCGCGCUGAGUGUAACCCGCUGGCCCUGCUGGCGGGAGUUAGAGUGCCACUUCCUCAGGCUUCAGGAAGCAGCAGGCAGCAGAGACCUGCACCCCCAGCUGGUGUGAGGAUGGACUUCAUCCAACAUGGCGCUGCUCCUGCCAUUUCCAGACCGCAGUCCUGCAGCUACUGCAAAGUGCUGCUGGGAAGCGGAGUCCGCAAAAUCAAAGAGGUCAAACAGGAGGGUCCAUCCACCCUGGUCUUCUGUAGUCCAAACUGCUCUGCUCUCUACUCUUCUGGACUGAAAACCGCAAGUUCUGCAGACAAGCCUGCGGACAAGCCUUCUCCUCCUCCUCCUCCUCCUCCUCCUCUCCCCAGCAGACUGCAGCACCACUACACCAACAACAUGUCAUCCAUCGCUGUCCACUCCCUCCCUUGCACUCCCAUCACUCCUCCCCAGACCGCCACCUCGUCCCCACCCCUCCACUUCCCCUCAGCCUCCACCGUCACCAUGGAGAUCAGGCCCCGUGUGGACAGCCUUAAGGUCAAGGUGAAGCUGAAGCCCCACCCCCAUGCCUUUUCUGAGGGAGACGACCUGCUGCUGAGUCACCACGGGAAGAGGAUGAAGAAUUCUCGCUGGCGACGCUGGAACAUCAACGUCACUCUGACCAGGGGUCCCAUUUCGGACGAGGCGGUCGCUAUGCCAACUGAGGAGGAAGUCGAUGUGCUUUUAAAGAAACUGGGGGCGUGUCUGCGACCUGACACGCUACCUGUAGACCAGCGAAGGUGUUGCUUUUGUCACCAGGUGGGUGAUGGAGAAACAGACGGACCAGCCAGACUGCUGAAUCUGGACUUGGAUCUGUGGGUCCAUCUGAACUGUGCCCUGUGGUCCAGUGAGGUGUACGAGACUCAGGCCGGCGCUCUCAUCAAUGUGGAGCUGGCACUGAGACGCAGUCUGACGCUCCGCUGUGCUUACUGCCAGCAGACGGGCGCCACCAGUGGCUGCAACCGCCUCCGCUGCACCAACACGUAUCACUUCACGUGUGCAUUACGGGCCCAUUGCACCUUCUUCAAGGACAAGACCAUGCUCUGUCACCUCCACAAGCCCAGGAUUGCUCCUCUCAGCGGGGACAGAUCCUCCAGCAGCUCCCCGUCCUCCACUCCGGGCCUGACCCCUGAUUUUGUGUCGUCUAUGUGCGACCCGUACAACUCAGAACUGCGGUGUUUCGCCGUCUUCCGUCGCGUAUACGUGCAAAGGGAUGAGGCGAGGCAGAUAGCAGCGAUGGUGCAGCGUGGUGAGCAGCGGCACACGUUUCGCGUGGGCAGCCUGCUCUUCUGUGCUGUUGGGAGGCUCCUCCCACAGCAGAUGAGCGCCUUCCACAGCGCGACUGCCAUCUUCCCCGUCGGCUACCACGCUAACCGUAUCUACUGGAGCAUGCGCAACAGCAACCGACGCUGCAAGUACAUGUGCUUCAUCGAGGACCACGAUGGACGACCGGUUUUCAAAGUUAAGGUGCUGGAGAAAGGCUACGACGACCUCAUCCUGACUGCAACCACUCCUAAAGGUGUUUGGGACCAGAUCCUGGAACCAGUGUCCCAGCUCAGGUCCUCCAGCGGCACUCUGAAGCUCUUCCCAUCCUACCUGAAAGGAGAAGAUCUUUUUGGGCUGACUAUAUCUGCCAUCACAAGGAUUGUUGAGUCUUUACCAGGUGUGGAGGCGUGUGAGAGGUACACCUUUCGUUAUGGACGGAACCCGCUCAUGGAGUGGCCUCUCGCUUUCAACCCUUCCGGCUCGGCCCGGUCCGAGCCCAAAGCCUGCCAAGCAAAAAGGCCUUAUCUGUUGACCAGCAUGGCUCCGAGGUGUCAGGGCUCAGUGGGCUCCAUUGUGGGUAUGGUGCCCGGCGUCAUCUCUUUGUCGCCGGGUGAGUCUGUGGCGGGGGCUCAUCAAGGUCGCCACUCCAAGUUGUCGCAGUACCGACGCAUGAAAGCAGAGUGGAAGACCAACGUCUACCUGGCGCGCUCUCGCAUCCAGGGUCUUGGACUGUACGCUGCCAGAGAUAUCGAAAAAUGCACCAUGGUCAUAGAGUACAUUGGCGCCAUCAUCAGGAGUGAAGUAGCUAACCGCAAGGAGAGACUCUAUGAGAGUCAGAACCGAGGCGUUUAUAUGUUCCGCAUCGACAACGACUACGUGAUCGAUGCCACCAUCACUGGAGGACCCGCCAGAUACAUCAAUCACUCGUGUGCUCCCAACUGCAUCACAGAGGUGGUCAGCGUGGAGAAGGAGAACAAGAUCAUCAUUAGCUCGUGCCGACGCAUCCAGAGAGGAGAGGAGCUGUGCUACGACUACAAGUUUGACCUGGAGGACGACCAACACAAGAUUCCAUGUCACUGCGGAGCCUUCAACUGCCGCAAGUGGAUGAACUGAGCGCACGUGCAUGCGCUCAUUAACGAAUUAACCUCAUAUCAAAGUUGCUCAUCAAGUGGGAGGAGUUAAGAGUGUGAUUGACAGGGCGAUGGGGUUACAAAAGAGGCUGGUCCUCUGUGUGUAGUGUGUAUAUUUGUACAAAGACGCCCCCAUGUGGUCAUGACUUGCACUAAAUGAAACAUCGAAUCCGAGCAGAUCAUUUCCCCUCACCAUCUGUAAAAUAAAAUGUUUGUUUUUUUGUAUUUAUUACUAAAUGAAGUUAUUUUCUAAUCACAGCCAGUCAGGGAGGAGAGUCGCGGCAUGUAAAUAACUAAAAAAUGAGGAAUCUUCACAUUAUGGACCGUGACUCCUUUUUGUUUGCCGCCCUUCCCCUCCACGUGUGUCUUUUUAUUUUGUGUACAUUCAAAUUGUAUCAGAACUCUGCUGAUGUACAGUCUGUUGCCACGCCCCCCUCUUUUGUUUUUUUUACUCUGUGUGAAGAUGAUGCCUUUUUGUUUUUGGGGAGGGGGGUAUGUGGAGUCUGAUUUAGA